AUGGAGAAGGGAAACCAAACCAGCAUCAAGGAAGUCCUCCUCCUGGGACUGUCUGACCGGGCAGAGCAGCAGCAGCUCCUCUUCGUGCUGUUCCUCUGGUUCUACCUUCUCGGCGUUGUAGGGAGCCUGCUCAUUGUCCUGGCCAUCAGCUUUGACCCGCACCUGCACACCCCACUGUACUUCUUCCUCACCAACCUCUCCCUAGCCGACAUCUGCUUUCUGUCCACCACGGUACCCAAGAUGCUGGUCAACAUUCAGAUCCAUGACAAAUCCAUAUCCUACGCUGGCUGCCUGGCGCAAAUGAACUUCUUCAUUCUGUUUGGAGGUCUGGACCACUUUCUCCUCACUAGGAUGGCAUAUGACCGUUACGAGGCCAUAUGCCACCCCCUCCACUACACCACCAUCAUGAGCCCACGGCUCUGUAGCCUGCUGGUUGCUGGAUCCUGGAUCUUCAGUUCCCUCCAUGCCCUGACACACACCCUAUUAGUGGUUCGCUUAUCCUUCUGUUCCAAUCGUGAAAUUCUUCACUUUUUCUGUGAACUUUACCAGAUCCUCGAGCUUUCCUGUUCUAGCAUCAUCAUCAAUAACCUAACGGUGCUUGUCUUUACAAGACUGAUUGAGGUAGGACCAGUAUUCUGCCUCGUGUUUUCUUGCAUUCGCAUCAUCUCUACCAUACUGAGAAUCCCAUCUGCAGGGGGAAGGAGGAAAGCUUUCAGCACCUGUGGCUCUCACCUGUCCUUGGUCUCCUUAUUCUACAGCACCAUUCUUGGAACCUACCUUUGUCCAACAUCUACCCAAGCAUUCAGUAAGGGCUCGAUAGUGUCUGUGCUGUACACAGUGGUCAUUCCUACAAUGAAUCCCUUCAUCUACAGCCUGAGGAACAAGAACAUGAAAGAGGCCCUGAGAAAUACAUUCAACAGUAAAAGUGUCUUCUUUCGAGGAUUCUGA